AGUUUGUGUGCUCAAUAUUUGUUCCGGUUUGCCAGUGCUGCUAUGACGAUGAAACAACUCACCAACUCCAUGGAUAUGAUGCGCCAAGCCUGUGCCCCAAAGUAUAAAGUAGAGGAAGCGGAGCUGCAUGCGCUAAGAAAGUCAAUGUUUCCUGAAGAUCCCCAUAAAGAACUUAAAUGCUAUACCAUGUGCAUAGCUCAAAUGGCAGGGACAAUGACUAAAAAAGGGGAGAUCAGCUUCUCCAAAACAAUGGCUCAAAUAGAAGCCAUGUUGCCACCCGAUAUAAAGCCCAAAGCCAAGGAAGCUUUAACGCAUUGCAAAGACGUCCAAACAUCCUACAAGGAUCCUUGUGAUAAAGCAUACUUCUCGGCGAAAUGUGCUGCAGAUUUUACUCCGGAUACGUUUAUGUUUCCUUGA